AUGACAGCCGUCAUCACCAAGGAAAGCCAGCAUGCGGCUCCCCGCGAGGAACCGUUUAUGAUACCAAGAGCAGACGAAAAAUAUGCACCGGACCAGUCAUUCAACUUGGAGGCAAUUGGAGAGGAAGCUCUCGCCAUCGACCCAGUCAUGGAGAAGCGAGUGCUUCGGAAAAUUGAUCUUUUCCUGAUGCCAGCCAUGGUGAUAGGUUAUGGGUUGGUUUACUAUGACAAGGCAAUUCUUGGGAGUGCUGCUCUUUUCGGCAUGACUGGUGACCUGCACCUUUCAGUUGUCGACACCUCUUUCACGCCUCCAAAGACGGACACAACGCGACUUAGUUGGGCAACUUCAAUCUUCUACUUUGGUCAGCUAAUUGGUUCGUACCCAAUGACGUACUUGCUUCAACGCUUCAAUACCAGAUGGACACUCGGCCCUGUUGUCAUGAUUUGGGCAGUCAUUUGUGCAGCCACGGCAGGGGUGACAACGUGGCGAGGUCUCCUGGUUCAACGAUUCUUCUUGGGUUUCACCGAGUCAGUCAUUCCAACGGCUUUCAUGACCACCGUCAGUGGGUACUACACUCAAAGAGAACAGGCACUUCGCCAGAGCUGGUGGUUCUCAGGCACAGGCUGGUUCACCAUUAUCGGAAGCGCUCUAAACUACGGGUUUGCUCAGAUAAAGGGUGGCGCUUUAGCUCCAUGGCAGUACAUCUAUGUCCUUGCUGGAGGCUUGACGUUUCUGUUCGGAAUUUGGUGUUUCUUUCUCCCAAACUCUCCCCUCACUGCUUGGUUUCUCAACGAGGAAGAGCGGGUUGUUGCAGUUGAGAGACUACGCCAGGGACAGACAGGCGUGAAGAACCAGACCAUCAAAGUCAGCCAAAUCAAGGAGGCAUUGCUGGAUAUCAAGGUCUGGCUAGUCGCUUUGACAAUGGCCUCAGGGUAUACGGUCAACGGAGCUGUGUCCGGCUUCGGUCCCCUCAUCGUUUCGACAUUCGGUUAUUCGGCGUUGGAAAGCAUUCUCUUCCAAUUUCCACUGGGUGCUGUUUGCGCAAUUGGCAUUCCCCUUGCUGGCUGGGUUUGCUCCAAGUACCGCAACAUUCGGAUUCCAGUGCUCAUAGGUUGCACAUUACCAGUCCUAGCAGGUUUCAUCAUCAUUUGGAAAUCAGGCUGGGGCCAUCGGCCGGUUGCACCUGUCGUCGGGUACUCGCUGAUUGGCUUCUUUGGGCCGGUCGUGAGCUUAACGGUCACUCUCGGAGCUGGUAAUGUCGCAGGAGAAACCAAAAAGAGUUUCAUGGCAUCUGCUGUCUUUGUCGCCUAUUGCGUUGGAAACAUUGUGGGCCCCCAACUUGUGAAAAGUGAGACCAAGGAGCAGCAUUAUCCUGAGCUCUGGACGGGGUUGAUCAUUUGCUACUGCAUCACAAUUUUGUCUUCCUCGGCUCUAUACGUCGUUCUCUGGAGAGAAAAUAGGAGACGGGAUUCUCUACACUUGGAUGAAAACGAGCGAGAUAGGAAUGCAUUCAAGGACUUGACAGACAAGGAGAACGAGCACUUCAGAUAUGUUUUGUAA